UUAUGUUGUGUUUAUGCAGCUAAGCUACAAACUUUUAAUAACUAUAUCUAACAGGUCUACGACAUUGGGUUACAAAGAUAUAAGGAUUAAAAAAUUUGAUUUUGUUGCAAACACUUAAUUCCGUUGUAACUCAGAAACUAUAUAUAUGUAAACUUCUUUGUGGGAGGAGGAAACUGAAACCUGAAAAUACGUUUUUCUCUACUGUUCCUUUAAUCCUAUUCCCAAUGGGGAUCCUCCCUAAAGUUGUUUUGAACAUAAUUCAAAUAGUUUUGAUCUGUUCAACUUUGUAACUUUUCUAAGUAAGACAAGCCACUCACUUCAAUGAAGAAGAUUGCAUAAGUUUUGCAAAGAAAUUCAGUUUUACCUACAAUUGAGGUUCGAACAUUUUUUGUUAAAUAACUUGAUUUUUCAAAGAAAAUUUUGAUUCUUGCAACAUAAGUUUUUACAUGUAUACAUAUCAUGAAAUAGUAUCUUAAUAAGGAUAAAUAGAGUGAGGGGAGGGGGGCACUUAUACCCCCCCCUCGUUUUUUUGCCGUGAAGUCGUCUGUUGGAAUAAGGUUAAAAUCUUUUCAUUAAUUUUAGGAGAUGGUGAAUGAUAGUUUUGAUUUGAUGAAUUGUACUUGGGAUCCUGUUCUAGAGGUUCCAGGAAGUGUAGAGCAUAAGUUUGUUCUAGAUCAAGUUCAAAAUCUGCCUGGUAUUCUUGCUCAGGGAACUGGGUUUCAUAUACCUCAGUGUGAUCCUAUUGAGGUUCCUGUAGUUGGAGGCCCACCAGUCUUAACAGGUCCAGAAUUCCAUUCUUUGUUGGAGAGUGAGUUUAUCAUGACAAGUCCAACUGAAAGUUCAAAGAAAAUGAACAAAACUACAAUCAUUCAUCUACCCAAGUUCAUCCAAGGAAAAUCAAAAACUAAGGUCCGUGUGUACAUCUACAAAUGCAGUGUGAAAGUUCCUUGCAAGAUUAUUUUUAAGAUUGGAUUUCAGUCAGAUUUUGAAACAGGAUCAGAGCAAUGGACUGAUACUGCUGAGCUUGAGUCUGUGGAUAGAAGUAUUGUAAAGGUUGAAAUAGAGAAUGUGUCCACCAAUAUGGCGAGAAAAUUCUCCAAAGCAACCAAUGGACAAGCUUAAUAACUUGUUGAAAAAUGGACAAGCAUGUUCAUAGCAACCAAUGGACAAGCUUAAUAACUUGUUGAAAAAUGAACAAGCAUGUACAUACUACAUAGAAUGUUACGACAUGUCAUUUGAUGAAUUUACUUUCUAUUUUCAAUUAACAAAACUACGACAAAAGUUGGAAGACAAUAAAAUUUCUUUUGUAUAUAAAUAUCUGUUAAUUAUAAGGUUUUUUAAUAAAACAUAAUAUUUUUCAAUCAGUACAGUGUAUAUUGUACAAGUGCGUUGUGUUUAAUCACUUUUCCUCAUAUUAUUUAGAUUGAAAAAAGCUAAGUAGAUAAAUUUCUUAAAACCAAAUUUUGCCCUGUGUACAAAGAAUUUGAAAUAUAAAAUGUUUUUGAAAUCAUAUAGGUAAAACAAAACACUAGAUGCACACACAUUUUUGUAAGAAUACCCUAAUUCUUCUUUUACAUAAAAAGCUGACAAAAAUUUUAAUAUUACAAAUAUUAUGCCAAUAUGAAUUUAUUUAUAAAAUCUUUAAAACUGUUACCAAGAAUUCUGGUUGAAUAUAUUGGGUAAAUGUAAAACUAUAGUUGUUGAUAUAUUUUGAACGAUUUCAUGAUAAAUAAUUCACAGUUUUUAGUACAGUAAAAAUAAAAAUGUUUUGACAGCCCUAUAUACAUUUUUCAUUA